GCGCGCGGGGGAGGAGCGGCCUCCCGCGGCCUCCUCUGCAGAUGGGCUCCGCGGCCUAGUUCUCGGGCGCCGCCACCCGUGACCGCGCGCCGGGGGCCGCGAGGGGUCGCCGCCGAGGUACGGGCGCGUGGGUGGCGGUGGGCGCGGGUCCCGGGGCGGGCUGGGCGGCGCCGCGGGCUCUUGCGCCCGGGACGGCGGAGCACAAAGCGCCUUUGUUCGGCCGCGCGCCGGCUGGGGCUGGUUGGAGCUGCCCGGAAGCAGCCGGGCGCGGGCGGGACGACGCGGCCCAAGGAGCGCUCGUGGGCGCCGUGACCAGGGCCGCGCCCCGCGCAGGUCUCCACCAGCCCACGGCGAAGCAUGGCAGCCAUCCCCUCCAGCGGCUCGCUCGUGGCCACCCACGACUACUACCGGCGCCGCCUGGGCUCCGCGUCCAGCAACAGCUCCUGCGGAAGUGUGGAGUACCCUGGGGAGGCCAUCCCCCAGCACCCGGGUCUCCCCAAGGCCGACCCGGGUCACUGGUGGGCCAGCUUCUUCUUCGGGAAGUCCACUCUUCCGUUCAUGGCCACAGUGUUGGAAUCCCCAGAACACGCGGAAUCCACCCAGGCCUCCACCGGUAUGGUCACCCGUCGCCUGGCUCCAGAAACCACAAGGAAGCAGCCUGUCAGCCAGCCCAGCCAGGCCAGCACUGGGCCUCCAUCCUGACCUGGUGGCCCACUGAUGGGGACUUCCAAGGUGCUAGGUCGAAUCCUGCCCACUUCAACGGGUAGGCCAAGUGGGCUGCAGCAAGCAGAGACCAGCUGGGUUCUUCAACAUGGAGAUGGCAGGCACCGGGCAAGAGACCCCUCCUCUCCAAACCACAACAGGCUUUCCUGACCCCCAUAACUGUGCCUUGCUCCAAGCAGAAAAUAAACUCCAAACAGUGGGCAGCCCCA